UUGGAGCAGAGGCAUCUCUUUCACAAGGGUUUAUAAGAAAGUAGUGGUUCCUUCCUUGAAAUAUCAAAAGUGCUCACUGCAAGUAAGUUUCAUUUUCAAUCACUACAUAUUGAUUGAUUCUUGUGGUUGUCGGAGAACAAGGAAGCUGCGAGAAUAUUGGGAAAGUAAGGCACAAACUUCUGUUGACUAGAAGAACCUCAACCUUCAACAACCUGCCAAUUAACUGUUUACAUGAAGAUGAACAUUAUUGAUUUUAUUUGGAAUCAGGUUUUAUGUGCUUUAUUAAUUUUCUGAUUGAGAAUUCUCAAAUUUUCCUGACUGUUUAUGACUCUUCAUGUUUGGAUUUGACUCUGAGAUAGGAAAUAUGGUCUCAAACAACUAAACUAGGAAAUGUCUUCAUGAUUGAACCUGUGAAAAUACAUCCCAAGACUCACAACUAAACCUUGAUUUCUCAAAUUAUCAAAAAUUAUUCCCUAUAUCCUCAGUUAUAAACAAGGAAUUUCCAGCACAUAGUACCAUGUAAAUGAUAAUAGGAAAUAUCAUCCAGCAGCAUUUGAAUUCAAUGCUUAAUUUCUAUUCUUCAAAUCUUUGGAAUAGAAGUAUGUCUUCACUUUAGAACCUUUGGUCAUAACAUCAUUUCUAGUAGUUUUCUGUAACUUCAAAACGAGCUUCCUCCUCUCUGCGUCAAUCUUCUAUAUUUUCUGUGACCUAGGUGCUGCUGCGUGGGUUUUUGGUUUCUCUUCUUUUUUGCCUUUGGUUUUGUACUUCUGUUGAGGUUCUUGCUUGUGGUUGGGUGUUGUGGCUCGGCAUUCUGCAAUAUUUUGUGAUUGCACUCAUUUGUUAUUUCUUAUUUGACUAAUUAUGUGUUGUAUUGGAUCUUAAGGCUAUGAAUUUUGAGUUUAUGUUUAGUUAAAUUAUGUGAUUUAGAGGUUAUUUUCUUUAUCUAUGUUAUUUUCUAUGUUUAUGUAUAUGUUUAAGCGUAGUUUUGAACUUCUUGGAUGAUCUUACAAUCAUUGUUAUGAUCACACGAUUUAUGAUCUUGGAUCCCCUCUCAAUCCUAUGUAGGAUUCCGAUUUUGACAACAUUGAAUCAGAGACCUGUAGCAAAAUGUUCUCUUACUACAAGAAAAUAUCCUCACUCAUGAAGUCAGUCUUAAUAAUAAUCUGAAGAAGCAAGCUGUAUAACCAUCCUCCCCUUGAGCUGUAUUGAGAAUAACAUUCAAAGCUUCCUUGUUGACUUCUUCUCUAGAAAUGCUUCUAUCAAGUUUAGCAUUCAAUUCAUCUGGGUUAAUAAGUGAUAGAAGUGAGGGCUAGAAUUUAUGGUGUUCAUGUAGUUCAAAUGAAAUUUAUACUUGAAUCUUUAGAUUGAUUGAAACUUAUCCACAUAGAAGGGUAUCCCUAGAAAAAGAAAUCUUGUAUACUUGGAUAUAUUAAAUCGUUUAGUUGGUUUUAUUCUCAUGACCAAAUACAGUUCCCCUAUGAUUUUGGGAGUUGUGCCUCCAAAUAUGACACUUUUUUGUAAUUAAUUAUACUGCUACAGGCAUUUUAACGUAAUCUACUGAUUCAAGUUGGAUGUUUAUUGAAAAAAAAAAACUUCCAAAAAUGUAUAUCUAUGUUGUUGCAAAGUUAUUACAAUGCUUUAAUACGACUGAGAACUCACUGUAAAUUCCUUGUCUCCUUUCUUCUGUUCCCCUUGCAGCUGUUUUGAUUGCUUUGAAUCACUUGGAGAAUAGGGAAAAGGAGUGCUAGUUGUACUGUGUGUACAAAACCUGAAAGGCUAAUUUGUUCAAGCUGCUUUCUGAUCUCUCUCUAAUGUCCAGUAGGAAAAUAUAGCCAAAAAGGCUUAUAGGUGUCAGAGGUUCUGUAGAAAUUCAAAAAAAGGUUUUACCCGCUGGAGGAUACUGUUUUAGUUUUGGGAAUCAGCAAUUUGAAAUUACAUACAAAUGUCACUGGCUGCUCCAAGUUCCCUUUUGAAGGUGAAGGAAAUGCAUGGAAGAGGGAGGGGAAUGGUUGCCCCUCAGCCUCUUAAAGCUGGCCAAAUUGUCCUCAGAGAUUCUCCCAUCCUGCUGUAUUCAGCUUUGCCCUUUAUCACACAGUCUUUGUCAUCAUCCUCCUCCAUGUCAGCCUCCUACUUCUGUGACCACUGCUUUCGAACCUUGCCUCUUCCUGUACAGGGAGAUUCUACAUUAUCCCAAGUCUCAUGCCCCUCUUGUUGCCACUAUCGCUUUUGCAGCUCAAAUUGUCUCUCAAAGGCACUGAAAUCCUCCCAUUCUUCUUCUUGGGCAUGUCAAGCAUUAUCUCGUCUCAGAGCCAAUUCUCUACUGCUUGAACAGCCACUUGAACGCCAAGUCCAAGCUCGUUUUCUCAUUGCUGCCUACAGCCUUGCCCAUAUCUCCCCUUCAGACUUUCAAAUUAUGCUUUCUCUUCAGGGUUCUCCUGAUGAUGCCACCAUUGCUGCAGCUAAGUUCCUACACCCCCUUAUUGAGUCACUUGCUCUUAGUAGCCCCCUGAAUGGAUUUUCUUUAGAACUCACUUCUGCACUUCUUGCCAAGGACAAACUUAAUGCCUUUGGCAUAAUGCAGCCCUUCUCUAUCGAUGAUGACCAGAGGUUUGUGAGAGCUUAUGGUAUUUACCCAUAUGCCUCCUUUUUUAACCAUGAUUGCCUUCCCAAUUCCUGCAGAUUUGAUUAUGUGGACACUAAUCCACCUGAUGACAGCCAUAAUACUGACAUUAUUAUUAGGAUGAUUCAUGAUGUUCCUCAAGGUAGGGAGAUCUGUUUGAGUUAUUUCCCUGUGAAUGAAAACUAUUCUAGUAGGCAGAAGAGAUUGAGCGAAGACUAUGGCUUCACCUGUCAUUGUGAUCGAUGUAAUGUUGAAUCAAACUGGUCAGAUAAUGACAGUGUUGAAGAUAAUGCUGAGGAUGAAGAUGAGAAUAUGGAUGAGGAUCGAUCUGAAGCAUCAGACACUGACAAUAAUCCCAUUGGAGAUAAUAAUGAUUUCCCACAUGCUUAUUUCUUUUUAAAAUACAUGUGUGAUAGAACAAAUUGCUGGGGAACUUUAGCUCCUUUACCUCCACAGGGUGAUACUCCAUCUAAUGUCAUGGAAUGCAAUGUCUGUGGGAAAUUGAAGAGUGAUGAUGACUUUGAAAUUGAUAAAGGGCAAGAUGAAGUUCCCAUGGAGGACUAAGCAGCUAGCUAGGAUGCUACUUUUGUGAGGGAGUUCUUCCUUGAUUUUGCGCAAAUUACAGACUGCACAAGCGGAGACCAAUGCUGCUGCUACUCAGGAAUCAAAUGGAACUAUUUUGUGAUGUUUUUAAGAGUAUAAUAGCAUGCUCUUGCUGUGGUUGGUUGCUUUAUUUAAAAUUCUUACUUUAAAAUUGCCGACAAAAUAUUACCAUCCCCGUUUUUGAAAUUUACUUUUUUAUAACAAAAGUCCCUUGCU